GAGGAGUCCGCCCAGGCGAGUUCUGGGGGGCAUCGACUGCCCCCUCGAGAAGCGAGCCUUCGUGGGAGAUGGACCCACGAGGCUGGCCCUGCCUCAUUUGCAGCUGCCUCUUCUGGUCAGUGCAUGGGAUGGUACCAGAACCUCAGAAUGUAAGACUUCAUUCAGUUAUGUUCGACACUUUUCUCCAGUGGGAUCCACCUAAUUUUCACAAAGGAAGCAUGACUUACACAGUUCAGUAUAAAGUGUAUGUAUAUGGAAAUGGGUUCACUGAUUUAUGCCAAAGAACUGACGUCACAAAGUGCAAUAUUUCAAAUAUCCCUAUACAUGGUAGUUACAUUGUAAGAGUUAGAACUGAAGUUGAGGAGGAGCGAUCAAACUGGGUAAACAUCACCUUCACACCAUUCAGUGACACAAUCAUUGAACCACCUGCUGUACAAGCUGAAGCUACAACACCCGGGGUCUUGAUUGUACAAAUCACAGACCCACUUGUUUCUAGAGAUGGUGGCAAAUAUUCCAUAAAACAUUUUUAUGGCCAUGGUUUUGUGACUUACAAGAUGCGAAUUUGGAAGAAAGAUUAUGAUGGUGAACAGGUUAGAUAUGUGAAUAUAACACAGUCUUCUAAAACAUUGCCUGAUCUGGAUCCUGGGACAACAUAUUGCCUUCAGGCUCAAGCAUUUAUUGUUGAAUUAAAUAAAAAUGGGGACUGGAGUAACGCUUUAUGUAUCACUACAACUGACAAUGGUAUAAAUACAGUGCAGCUGACUAUUAUCCUGCUAUCAGUGUUGGCUUUGUUACCUUUCAUCUGCUUUAUGAUUUUACAUGUUUAUCGAUGGGCCAAAUACAUCUUCUUACCUUCGUAUUAUUUACCACAACAUUUCAUAGAGUUUUUAAGCAAGCCUUUUUACAGUUCUCAGUUUCUUGCAUCUCAGUCACAAGGAGAAGAACAGGCCUAUGACAAGAUAAUUGUCCUUUCAGAGGAGUCAAAAAGCGAUAAUGAAUCUGAGGAACAAAUGAGAAAUGCAAAGCAGCUGCUCCAAGGUUCUCAUGAAGAAAUCCUUAGGCCAAAAGAAGUUUCAGAUUUUACGCCUCUGGUACACUCUUAAAAGUGGAAGAAAAAAACGUGGAAAGUGUGUUUUGAAGGCAGUUGGUGGCACUUUCAAGGAAGCAACAAACACCUUGCACAUUACAGAUUUAAAACUGUUAACUUUGUCAACAUUUUUUCAAAACUAUAUUUAUUCUGUUAUAAUAUAUUUUUAAAUAAUCUUGUAAAUACAAAUUAUCUAUUUUAAAGAUUUAUUUUUAUAUAUAUUGAAGCCUUAAUUUUAGAACAAACCAUCAAUGAAGUAUUAGUUAAGCAAGUUCACUCAUAUCAAAAUUGUGAAGUUCCAAAUCUUUUAUUACAAGUGGAUUUUGUGCAUUGUGUAGAAUAGUUCAAAUUCAUUAUGAGAAACAUACUGGGAUUUAUAAAAUAAUGAUGCUCCCAUAGUAUUAUGUUUUCUGAUCCAUAUUUGCUUUAAACUGUGUCUGUAUUCAAGAACACCAUCAUACAUAGGAUCUGGGUAAGAACAUCUAUCCCUGUAAGCAAACUCCUAUGUGCAUCUCACUUGCUGGAUUGGAUAUAAAUCUGAUGUACAUCUUGUAUAGCUGGCAUCUAUCUACACAGCAUUGUUUUCAAUGUGAUUUGCAUUGCAAGAUGCUUUCCCAACCUUAUUCUGGCGCAUCUAUUUGCAUCUUUUAAAGGCACAAAUAGAGUUGGGUUGGGAUUGCAGUCUUCACACCAUUAUCCAGCUAGAUACAUAUGUUCACAGUAGCAUGUUUCCAUAUGUUCUGAAUGUUAGCUAUAUAAUGAACACCAAUUAGUGUUGCGCAUGCAAAGCCAGGGCCUGAGAGGAGUGAAUACUGAAACCAGCCAACUAUUCACUGUCCUGUUUCACUAUGUCCCUGAACAAGAUGAUUUUUGGCUAUUGCUGAGCCCUGGAAACAUAGCUCCUGGGCUUGGCUUUUCAACCUGGGGAUACCUGUUCAACGGCUCAGUUUCUCGUAUGUGUAGCUCGUAUGUGCCUAAAUCCCUCUUCAGUAGAACCUAGGGCUCAUUCAUACUUCUGCUUGUCCCACCGGUUUCCCCAGGAAACCCCUCUGUUUACUACUGUAUCAGAGCAAAUUGAGUUUUCUCUGGAUUGACAUUUGUUCCGAUCUAGCACGAAAGAGCAGGGUUUUCAGAGAAAAGCAGUGGAGCAAAGGCAAAAUCACUUGGAUCCGUGCCUAGAAAGCACAGGACAAGUGGAAAACCACUCAGACACAUGCUUUCUAUACAUGGGACAAGAGGAAGUGUGGACGAGUCCUUAGUCAUUACGAACUUCCACUGGAUUCUUUCCAAUACACGGAAGUAAUCUCCAUUUAUUUAGACUAGUACUAUGCACCUAUGGGAUGCGGGUGGCGCUGUGGGUUAAACCACAGAGCCUAGGACUUGCCAAUCAGAAGAUCGGUGGUUCGAAUCCUGUGACGGGGUGAGCUCCCGUUGCUCGGUUCCUGCUCCUGCCAACCUAGCAGUUCAAAAUCACUUCCAAGUGCAAGUACCUUCUGGCGGGAAGGUAAACGGUGUUUCCGUGCGCUGCUCUGGUUCGCCAGAAGCGGCUUGGUCAUGCUGGCCACAUGACCCGGAAGCUGUACGCUGGCUCCCUUGGCCACUAAAGUGAGAUGAGCACCGCAACCUCAGAGUCAGUCACAACUGGACCUAAUGGUCAGUGUUCCCUUUACCUUUACUAUGCACCUGGGAGUAAGCCCCACUGAUAUUCGCAGAAUUUACUUCUGAGUGGUUGUGUAGAAGUGCACUUUGUAUGGCAUAGCUGCUUGAUCUUAAUUGUUUUUUUUACCGUUUUAAAUGGUUGUUUUUAGCCUUUUUACUGAGAAUUUUAUUGUUUUAUUCUUUUUGUAAAUAACCUCAAGGUUUUAUUACAACACUUACAUGCAUAUAAGUGUUCUGAAAUAAAUGCACACUUCUUCAGAGACAAAGCUAUGUUUUAUGACAAAUGUGCAGAAGAGGACAUUUAUUUAUUUUAAAAUAUUUGGCAUGUAUUUCAAUUUUUAAUGAUGGUACCUGACCUCCUAUUUUGAUUGAAUAAAUGUAUGGAAGCCUU